UCUUUGUCAACAUGACGGAGGAACUGUCAGGUGUUACUAUUGUUAUAUUCAUCGCAACAGGCGUGUUAACAAUGUUAUUAUUGUUUAUAUUUGCAAAAAGACAAAUAAUGAGGUUUGCGUUGAGAUCCCGAAGAGGUCCUCACAUUGCGAUUGGACAUGAUGCUAAGAAGUCAUUGAAGAGGGAAAUCCAGCGGAGAAUCGAAGUCAUUCCUAGGAUUCAAUAUGAACCCCAGCUGAUAAGUGACUCCAGGUACAUAAUGGAGCCUGGGAGCCAGGUGCCCCCCCAUUAUUACAGACUGAAGGCUGUGGACGAUGUCAAGGCUCUUGAAUCGGAAAUAACGAAGUACGACAAUUGCCUGAAACGACACGCAAGCGAGAAUCUUCGUGCAUAUCUCCUUACGACUCUAGCAGCCCCUCUCAAUGGAAGUGGCCAGAGGAUGAUCCAUCAGUUCUGUGAUUUUUACGAGCACGCCCGACACGACCCAACGGAAUUCACUGACGAGGAGUAUCAAGCUUAUUCUCGACUGCAUCUCAAACUGAUGGAUGCUGCGAGACUUUUGAAAUCAUAUCCCAGCAGCAGAAAAUCCAGUCCCAGUCGUACGCCAAUCAAGAAAAAUGUCGAGACAAAGAGGAAUAUUUUGGAGCCGAAGAUGAGACCACCUGAGGACCAGAUCCUAACUGGAUCCCGUCCCAAUACGUUGACAGUAAUGGCUCUGGAUAACACGGAAACGACUGUCUAGCAUUAUGAGAAUCGUCACA